AUGAGUGACGAAAAAGAAACCGUAGUAUUGGCAUACAGUGGCGGGCUCGAUACUUCGUGUAUCCUCGUUUGGUUGCAAGAGCAAGGUUUUAACGUUAUAGCUUACAUGGCUGAUGUUGGCCAGGAAGAAGAUAUGGAAGGUGCUAAAGCGAAGGCCAAAAAACUUGGUGCUACAAAAGUUUUCUUAGAAGAUUUAAGACAACAAUUUGUUGAAGAAUUUGUUUUUGCCGCUAUUAAAUCUAAUGCUGCUUAUGAAGAUCGCUACUUAAUGGGGACAGCUUUCGCCCGUCCAUGCAUCGCGCGUCGUCAGGUCGAGAUUGCUUUGCAAGAAAAUGCCCGCUACUUAUCUCAUGGAGCCACUGGCAAAGGCAACGAUCAAGUUCGAUUUGAACUAACGUACUAUGCUCUAUAUCCUGAGGCUAAAGUUAUUGCACCAUGGAGACUACCUGAGUUCUACAAUCGUUUUAAAGGAAGAACCGAUCUGUUUGAAUAUGCUAAGGCCCACGACAUCCCUUUACCCGUAACUCCAAAGAAACCGUGGAGUAUCGACGAGAAUAUGAUGCAUGUGAGUUACGAAGCUGGGUUACUAGAGAAUCCAUGGGAAAUCGCUCCGGAUGAUUUAUACAAGACGACAGUUGACCCGAAAGAUGCUCCCAAUGAACCUGACGUUCUGGAUAUUGAGUUUAAAGCUGGGAUUCCGAUCUCUGUGAAAAAUGUUAAUUCUGGAGAUGUUUAUUCAAAUCCUAUGCAGCUAUUCCUUUACUUAAACACGAUCGGAACUCGCCAUGGAAUUGGAAGAAUAGAUAUUGUGGAAAAUCGUUUUAUUGGAAUGAAAUCGAGGGGAAUUUACGAAACGCGAGCCGCAACAAUUCUACAUGUUGCACAUCUUGAUAUUGAAGCAAUUUGUUUGGAUAAGGAGUUAAGAAAAAUCAAGCAAGGUUUGAGUAUCAAGUUAUCUGAACAAGUUUAUCAUGGUCUGUGGUGGAGUCCAGAAUGCAUUUUUACGAGAUUUUGCAUUGAUAAAAGUCAAGAAUGCGUGGCUGGAACUGUACGUGUUUCAGUUUUUAAAGGACAGGUAUACAUUAAAUGUCGUCGAGGUGAUAUGUCAUUAUAUAAUGAAGAACUAGUAAGUAUGGAUGUUUCUGGAAGUUAUGAUCCACAAGAUGCCGGAGGUUUUAUCAAAAUUAAUGGAUUGAGGUAA